AUGGUGCGGAUGAGUGUGUUAGCUGAUGCGUUGAAAACUAUCAAUAAUGCUGAAAAGCGUGGCAAACGACAAGUUCUAAUUCGACCAUGCUCGAAGGUGAUAAUACGUUUUCUAACUGUAAUGAUGAAAGCUGGCUAUAUUGGCGAGUUUGAAAUCAUUGACGAUCAUCGAGCAGGAAAAAUAGUUGUUAAUUUAACGGGUCGCAUUAACAAGUGCUCCGUAAUUAGUCCACGUUUCGAUAUUUCCUUGAAAGAUUUAGAGAAAUGGACAUCCAAUCUUCUUCCUUCACGCCAGUUUGGACAUCUUGUACUAACAACCUCAGGUGGAAUUAUGGAUCAUGAAGAAGCACGAAGAAAACAUCUUGGCGGAAAAAUUCUCGGGUUUUUCUUCUAA